AUGCCAUUAAAAGUGUUGCAACGAAGAAGUAGACAACAACAAGGCGAGGAGAUAGCACAAAUUCUGAUCCAACGGCAGGAGGGGGGAAUGGAAGGUGCUACAUGGGAAGAUGAGAUGUAUAUAAGGCAACAAUUAACUGAUUUCAACCUUGAGGACAAGGUUGUAGUUGAGGAGGAGGGUAUUGUUAGACAAUUAAAAGUGUACGAAAGAAAGAAAAGGAAAGGAGGGAAGGCAUAUUUUGUUAAUAGGCUCACAGCCGUUCCAUCACUAAUGAAGACUAUUCUUCCGGGAUUGAAAACCAAUGCUAACAUGCGAGUUGAAAAUUCAUUGAAAUUGAUUGUGCUCAGCGGUGAAACUUUUUCUUUGACCUUGUGGGAGAUGCUUUCAACUAUAUUACCGAAGACAUCAAUCUUGAAUUUAUAUGGAAGCACUGAGGUCUCUGGUGACUGUACAUAUUUUGAUUGCAAGAGAAUGCCAUUGAUUUUUAAGGAAGAAAGGCUAACCAGUGUUCCAAUAGGUUUACCCAUUCCUAACUGUGAUGUGAUUCUUCUUAGUGAAAAUGAUGCAUCAAAUGAGGGAGAGCUAUAUGUUGGUGGUCAUUGCAUCUUUAGGGGUUACUACAAGGAAUCUAAGGAAAUGUCAUUUGCAAAAUUGCUUCCACAUUACAGUUGUGGUGAUUUUGUUAAAGGAUGCCAAGAUAAAUUAUACUUUAGAACGGGUGAUUUAGUCAAACAGUUGCCUAGUGGUGAUUUUGUAUUUUUGGGAAGAAAAGAUCGCAUUAUAAAAAUCAAUGGACAGCGUAUUGCCCUAGAAGAGGUUGAAGAUUUGUUAAGGGAGCAUCCACAUAUAAACGAUGCUGCUGUAGUUUGUCGAAAUAAUAAAGCAGAACUUGUGCUUGUUGAAGCCUUUAUCAUACUGAAGAAAAAAGAAAGCUUGGGUGAAUCAUUAAUUCCUGCAAUCAGAAGUUGGAUGAUUAACAAACUUCCUUCUGUUGUACUUCCCAACCGUUACUUCUUUAUAGAAUCAUUCCCCCUGUCUCCUAGUGGUAAGGUUAAUUAUGAAUUGUUGUUUGGCUCAGAAUUAUUGACAAAGAAUGUCAAAGAUAAAGUUGGUGACAUCGACUGCAGCAAUCUUUUGCAACUUAUUAAAAAGGCAUUUCAUGAUGCUUUGAUGAUUGAAAAGGUUUGUGAUGAUGAUGAUUUCUUUAUGAUGGGCGGUAACUCUCUUUCUGCUGCACAUGCUGCUUACAGUUUGGGGAUUGACAUGAGAUUUCUUUACUACUAUCCAAGUGCUCUUAAGCUUUGUAUGGCUCUUCUCCAGAAAAAAGGAUCUUGCACUUUGCAUAACAGUCUGGACUUUUGUUUGCAAAUAAACACAGACAGACAAGAUAACCAUAUUUCUAUUAAUCAAACGGAAAAUUCUAGUCCUCUUGAGUCUAGGAUGACUUACAAAGAUAACAAUGAUGGUCCGUUUCCUUCUAAACGUUUAAAGAGGGGUUUGACAGAUGUUACAUCAUGGGGUGAUGAAUUAUUCCCAUGGUAUUCCCCUUCAGUAUUAUCAUUCUCAUUGAACCGAUGCAACAAGGUCUUGCAUAGAGGGCAGCAGGAAGUAAUUGAUACGCACCAAAAUACAUGGUCUGCAGACAUUCCAAGAGGCAACAGAGGUCACAUGAAAGACUUUUGGAAAGUUUACAUGGAGUCUUGUGUUGAUGCUUCACCAAUGCUUGUGUUUAAAGGCACACACAUUUAUUUGUUCAUUGGAUCUCACUCUCAUAAAUUUCUCUGCCUAAAUGCUAGAAGUGGUUCUGUCCAGUGGGAGAUCAAACUGGAAGGGCGAAUUGAAAGUACAGCAGCAAUUGUUUCUGAUUUUUCCCAGGUUGUUGUUGGUUGUUACAUGGGAAAAAUAUAUUUUCUUGAUUUUUUGAAUGGACACAUAUGUUGGAUUUUCCAAACUUCUGGUGAGGUAAAAUCACAGCCGGUUGUAGACAAACGCAGACAAUUGAUCUGGUGUGGCUCACAUGAUCAUAACUUAUAUGCUCUUGAUUAUGAAAAACAUUGCUGCGUAUUCAAGCUACCAUGUGGAGGCAGUAUAUAUGGGUCACCAGCAAUUGAUGAGGCUCGUGCCUUGCUUUAUGUGGCCUCCACUGGUGGUCGUUUAACAGCUAUAUCAUUAUUGGCUUCUCCUUUUACUAUUUUGUGGCUAAAUGAAUUAGAAGUUCCUGUGUUUGGUUCUCUUGCAGUCGCCCACAAUGGAACUGUGAUAUGUUGCUUGGUAGAUGGUCAUGUUCUUGCAUUGAGUCCAAAUGGAUCCGUUGUUUGGAAGAAAACAACUGAUGGUCCAAUAUUUGCUGGGUCAUGCAUACCUUCUGUUCUUCCUGAUGAGGUAGAUCUAUCUCUUCAUGGAUUUUACAUAGUCAUUUACUUAAUUCUUUUUCUACUUGCCUUGUUACAUCCUUUUUUCAAGAUCACUAAAAGAUUAUAUAGGUGUGGCUCACAUGAUCAUAACUUAUAUGCUCUUGAUUAUGAAAAACAUUGCUGCGUAUUCAAGCUACCAUGUGGAGGCAGUAUAUAUGGGUCACCAGCAAUUGAUGAGGCUCGUGCCUUGCUUUAUGUGGCCUCCACUGGUGGUCGUUUAACAGCUAUAUCAUUAUUGGCUUCUCCUUUUACUAUUUUGUGGCUAAAUGAAUUAGAAGUUCCUGUGUUUGGUUCUCUUGCAGUCGCCCACAAUGGAACUGUGAUAUGUUGCUUGGUAGAUGGUCAUGUUCUUGCAUUGAGUCCAAAUGGAUCCGUUGUUUGGAAGAAAACAACUGAUGGUCCAAUAUUUGCUGGGUCAUGCAUACCUUCUGUUCUUCCUGAUGAGGUGCUUGUAUGCUCCAGAACCGGAAGUGUAUACUCAUUCAAACUGGAGGAGGGGGACCUACUAUGGGAAUACAAUGUUGGACAUCCAAUUACAGCAUCUGCUUAUGUUGACGAGCACUUGCUGGUAGAGUCUGAUGCUUCCAAUUCCUCAGACAGGCUAAUUUGCAUUUGUUCCAGUUCUGGAGGCAUACACCUUCUUCGAGUGAAUAUGAAUCUCUCCAAAGAUACUUAUCAACAAAGAAAUGUGCAAGAAUUUGCAAGGCUAAACUUGGCAGGGGAUAUAUUCUCUUCACCUAUAAUGAUUGGUGGUCGGAUUUUUGUUGGUUGUCGGGAUGACUACUUGCAUUGUAUUGCCCUUGAAAUUUCUAAACAACAAGAAACUUAAAGUUUAUAUAUUUUAAAUUUGGUGCACUGUGUAGGUGGACUGAUUCUGUUUGUAAAGUCUGAAAUGUAUUCAAAAUCUUUAACUUAUGUUAGACUUUUAAUCUACAGUUCUAUAGUGAUAAAAAUGAAAGAAUGACUAAAAAAAAGUUAUUGAAGGCUGA